AUGGCCGGACACCUGGCUCCUGAAUAUUUCUCGCCACCCCCCGGCGGUGGCGGGGCCGGGGGUUCAGAACCGACGUGGAACUGGCCGGGCUUUCAAGGCCCACCUGGUGGGGCUGGAACAGGGCCGGGGCCCGACGGGUGGGGGAUGGCCCCGUACCACCCCAUGUAUGAUAUUUGGGGAGGGGGUGUCUACUGUGAGCCUCAGCCCAAUGUGGGAGUGAUGGCUCAACCUGCUCAAGAGAUCGCAGUCCCCGACGGCGAUACAGGACCCGGGGUAGAGAGCCCUUCCGAGGGCAGCUCCCCAGAACCCCGAGCCACUCCGCGAGUCACCAAGAUUGAGCCGGCGGAGAGCGGAGACGAGCAGCCACAAGAGAACCCUUCCCCGGAGGAGCUGGAGCAAUUUGCCAAGGAACUAAAGCGGAAGAGGAUCACUCUGGGUUAUACCCAGGCUGAUGUGGGCAUCACCUUGGGUGCUCUCUUUGGCAAGGUUUUUAGCCAGACCACCAUCUGUCGAUUUGAGGCACUACAACUCAGCUUCAAGAACAUGUGCAAGCUAAGACCUCUACUCCAGAAAUGGCUGGAAGCAGCUGAUGACAAUGACCACCUUCAGGAGACGAUGGAGCACCACAAACUAAACAUUGUAUUCUGGACUUGGUCUGAGUAG